AUUGAACAACCAUCCCAUCAUGUUCAGCAAAAUCAAAGGUGCCAAGGAUAAUCCUUCCCUAAAAGAACGUAAUUCUAUUAUCGUAGGCAUUCAGAAGGCUAAAGGACUCUUUGAACUCCAGUUAAUACAAGCAGAGGAGGAGAAUUUACAGUUGAAGAGGGAAAAGGAGGAGUGACAGAUGAAGUUGAUGGAGAUUGUGAAGAGACUUGAAGAAGAUGGUGUCACGUAUUGGAAGAAAUCAAGCAAAAAUUCAGGCAUUCAAAAAAAUCAAACCCUAAUCCGUACUGAGAUUGAGAAUUUUCUCAAACAAAUGAAAACAGACAAACAAAUAAUAGAAGGCAAAAGAGCUCUUUCUCCUGACAGAAAUGACCAACUAUCAGACAUGAAUUCAACUGUUAAAGAAGAGAAUGAAGAUGUAUCAAGUAAUAGCAACGAAAGUGAUUAUUAUUACGAAGAAAGUGCUAGUCCGAUGCGAAUUACUUCAGGAAAGAACAUCAGACUUUCAGAAGCACAAGACGCAACAAAUAUUACAGAUCUGACUAUUAGCAGUAGUAAUAAAAAGAACGGGUUUUUGCCAGAAAAUUUAAACGAUACAAAAUGAGCACCUUCUGUUAAUUCACAACAAGAGCCUGAAAUUAAAAUUUGUAAUGAUAUUACUAAAGAAGAAGACAAAUUUCAAGAUACAUCCCACAGUCGCUCAUCGAUAUUCACUGAUCAUAAGAACUUUGAUCAGAAUGCUGACAAAUCUCCAACCACAGAAUCUCUAAACCCAACAACCAGGAAAGAUAAAAGAGUUUCAUUUGCAUUGGAUAACUCAGAAGACGAAUAUACUUCUGAGGGCCAUCCUAUUAAAAAUACUGAUAAGGGAGAUGGAGGAGUUUAUUCUCAACCGUCUGAUGAUAACAUGCAUAAAGAGUCCUUAGCUACAACCUUAAAACCUAGGAGAAUUACCAAUAAUUCUGCUAAAUUUAGCUUCAGCAAAAAGGCUGGCUUAAAACGGUUCCAGACUAUGAGAAAUGGCUUAGAAGAAAAGAAAAUGUUCAUGAACCAAGUUAAAAAAUUGAUUAACCCGAAAGUUACACAAUUUGACGAAGAUCUGGCUAUAAAUAUGGAUAUUACGAAAGGAGAUCAUUGUCAAUUCAUCUCUCUUUGGGAUGGAGUAGACAUCCCAGAGUUUAGAGGGUUUUAUCUUGGAUAUAAGAUACAUCCAAAUAAAAAACACGAUUAUGAUAAAACCUUUGCACUUAUGAGCCAAAGAAAGGAGCCCCAAUUCAUAUCGUUUAAACUUGGAAUGUUGAACUUGCUAAGUCAUGCACUCUCACAUGUUUACCUCGACCUAUUCACCCUUGAUAAUCGUUCAAUGAAGCUAGUAAUGGAGAGCUGCUUCCGUACCAAAAAGCUCACCCUUCGGGGAUGUGAAGUUCAUAUUAAUCGGAGCUUUAGCAUUAAACUCUCCCUUCGUUACCUUCUUGAGGACAUUAACUUUUUUGGUACUCUUGAUUGGAACGAUGACAACUAUAUGGACGAGAGCAAGCUCACAAUAUUUGCUCUUGCCCUCUCAACAACAAAUAUUAGAAACACCCUGAAAAUAGCUAGAGUCGGAGAAAAACUGUUCCCGACUAGGAUUGUUGAAAAAGUAUUCAAAGACGCCAAAUUCAAGAUUGAAGUAAUUGGUGAACACCAGAUUUACAGAGGAGUCGCAUAACCAUUUUAGUCAUUUUCAAACACGAA